AUGGGCUCACAGCAAAGCCUUACGCGCAAGGAUUUUAGGCUGUGCAAAGCCCAAAAGCGAAUUCGGCAGCCGUUGAAGCCCGUUUUGGGGGGGGUGAGAAGUGAGCAGAUGCUCACUACUUUGGACAACCAAAAUCACACCACCGCUCCGGCGCAACACACCACUUCUCGGACUAUCAACAGACAACAUCGCGGAAACGAGACACCACGCUCGGGAGAAGCAGGCAAGGCCAAUUUUGCAAAUGUUAUCGACGGCUGCGAUGGAGAGAAUUCAAUCUCGGAUGCACUGCAGUCCACAUCGACUACAUAUACAUAUACAAAAGCAAAACAUCUUCCGCCAUCUCUAACUUCACCGUCUAACACAACACAAACCGCCGAAAUGGUCACUCAACCAGCCAGAAUCCCCGUCGCCGCCCCAGGCCCCCUCGCCAGAGCUUUCCCAGCCGUCAUCGCCGUCGGCGUCGUCUCUGCCGUCGCGCUCAACGUUCGCUCGCAGCUCAAGACGCACUCAGCCACUCAGGACCGCUUCUUCGCCCAGUACAAGAACCCCGAGAGCGAAGCCGUCCGCCAAAAGGUCUUCGACGGCGCCGUCGAGGAUCCCCGCAAGAGCUGGUUCAACGUCCUGGGCUGGUGA